ACAAGUAUAAAGGAAGGGCUACUACUGAAGCAAACAAGUUCUUUUCAGAGGUGGAAAAAACGUUAUUUCAAACUUCGAGGCCGUACCCUUUACUAUGCCAAGGAUUCAAAGUCUCUAAUAUUUGAUGAAGUUGACCUGUCAGAUGCCAGUGUAGCUGAAUCAAGCACAAAAAACGUCAACAACAGCUUCACGAUAAUCACUCCGUUCCGGAGGCUAAUAUUGUGUGCUGAGAACAGAAAAGAGAUGGAGGACUGGAUCAGCUCACUGAAGUCUGUACAGUCUAGAGAACAUUAUGAGACCGCACAGUUUAAUGUGGAACAUUUCUCAGGGAUGCAUAACUGGUACGCCUGCUCCCAUGCCCGACCUACCUUCUGUAAUGUGUGCAGAGAGAGCCUCUCUGGAGUUACUUCUCAUGGCCUGUCUUGUGAAGUGUGUAAAUUUAAAGCACAUAAAAGGUGUGCGGUCAGGGCAACAAAUAAUUGCAAGUGGACUACGUUAGCCUCCAUUGGGAAAGAUAUCAUUGAGGAUGAAGAUGGUAUAGCUAUGCCUCACCAAUGGUUGGAGGGUAAUUUGCCUGUCAGUGCCAAAUGUGCUGUCUGCGACAAGACUUGUGGCAGCGUUUUACGCCUCCAAGAUUGGAAGUGCCUUUGGUGUAAAGCUAUGGUUCACACUGCCUGUAAAGAUCUGUAUCCUCGAAAAUGUCCGCUUGGACAAUGUAAGGUAUCCAUCAUACCUCCAACAGCACUCAACAGCAUAGAUUCUGAUGGAUUUUGGAAAGCCACAUGCCCGCCAUCCUGUGCCAGUCCUCUUUUAGUUUUUGUUAACUCAAAGAGUGGAGACAAUCAGGGAGUAAAGUUUCUUCGUCGAUUCAAACAGUCGCUAAAUCCAGCUCAGGUGUUUGAUUUAAUGAAUGGAGGACCUCAUUUAGGGUUGCGGUUAUUUCAGAAGUUUGACAAUUUCCGGAUUCUUGUAUGUGGUGGAGAUGGAAGCGUUGGUUGGGUUUUGUCAGAAAUUGAUAAACUCAGCUUGCACAAACAGGCAAGUUGUCAGCUGGGAGUGCUUCCCCUUGGUACUGGAAAUGAUCUUGCCCGUGUCCUUGGUUGGGGAGGGUCAUGUGAUGAUGACACACAACUUCCUCAGAUUUUGGAAAAGUUAGAACGAGCCAGCACUAAAAUGCUGGACAGAUGGAGUAUAAUGUCAUAUGAACUGAAAUUACCAUCAAAGCCUUCUAUUCUUCCAGUUACUCCAGAAGAGGAAUCUGAGGAAUGUCAGAUAUCUGCUUAUGAGGAUUCAGUUGCUGCUCAUCUCACAAAAAUCCUCAAUUCUGAUCAACACUCAGUUGUCAUAUCAUCUGCCAAGAUAUUAUGUGAAACCGUAAAGGACUUCGUAUCCAAAAUAGGGAAGACCUAUGAAAAAACAAUGGAAAAUGCAGAGGAGGCUGAUACCAUGGCCAUUAAAUGUUCAGAAUUAAAUGAGAAGCUAGACCUAUUGCUCCAGGCUCUUCACACCGAAGCCCAAGCUACUCCCAUCCUACCACGGCUCACUCCCCCCAUUGUAGAGGAAGAAGUUGAGGAGUUUUCAAGUGAAGAAUCCUUGACUGAAAGCAAGGAACAGUUAACAGAGAGCAUUGCAAAGUCUUCUACUCAGAAAAUCUUCAAACCAAGAGAACAGUUAAUGCUGCGGGCAAACAGUUUAAAGAAGGCAGUGAGGCAAAUCAUUGAACAAGCAGAAAAAGUUGUGGAUGAACAGAAUGCUCAUACUGAAGAACAAGUGAACCAAUCCCCUAUAGAAUAUAGUAAGGAAUUGGAUGAAUCCAAAGAAGAAGAAAAAGAGGAAGAUACAAAAGAAUACGAAUCUCAGACAAUUAAAGCUGCACCAAAAUCUCCAGAUCGACAUACAAGUCGGGGCGUCCCCUCUCAUACUGGCUCUUUCUCUGCCCAAGCUGUGGCAGCCAGUAAAGAAAACCUCCCUGUACUUAACACCAGGAUAAUCUGCCCAGGUUUAAGAGCUGGAUUAGCUGCCUCUAUUGCGGGGAGUUCAAUUAUCAGCAAAAUGUUACUUUCAAACAUUGAUCCAUUUGGUGCUACCCCAUUUAUUGACCCUGAUCCAGAUUCACUGGAAGGAUAUUCAGAAAAAUGUGUCAUGAACAACUACUUUGGAAUUGGAUUAGAUGCAAAAAUUUCAUUAGAAUUUAAUAAUAAACGAGAGGAACACCCUGAAAAGUGCCGAAGCCGGACGAAGAACAUGAUGUGGUAUGGAGUGCUUGGUACCAAAGAGUUACUGCAAAGAACCUAUAAGAACUUAGAACAAAAAGUUCAGCUUGAGUGUGAUGGACAAUACAUCCCCCUUCCCAGUCUACAGGGCAUAGCUGUGCUAAAUAUUCCAAGCUAUGCUGGUGGGACUAAUUUCUGGGGUGGAACCAAAGAGGAUGAUAUAUUUGGGGCACCAUCAUUUGAUGAUAAAAUCUUAGAAGUUGUUGCAGUAUUUGGCAGCAUGCAGAUGGCAGUUUCAAGAGUCAUCAAAUUGCAGCACCACAGAAUAGCUCAGUGUCGGUCAGUAAAGAUCACCAUACUUGGAGAUGAAGGAGUUCCAGUGCAAGUAGAUGGAGAGGCAUGGAUCCAGCCCCCAGGAGUUAUUAAAAUUGUACAUAAAAACAGAGCUCAGAUGCUAACACGAGACAGAGCUUUUGAAAAUACCCUAAAGUCUUGGGAAGACAAACAGAAGUAUGAUUCCUGCAAACCUGUCCUCCGAUCUCACUUGUACCCUCAACAGGCUGUUGAGUUGGCUAUGGAAGAAGAAGUUGCACAGAUCCAGCUGUGUUCACAAGCUGCAGAAGAACUUAUUACCAGAAUCUGUGAAGCAGCAAAAAUACACAGCCUGUUGGAACAGGAGCUGGCUCAUGCUGUCAAUGCGUGUUCACAUGCAUUAAAUAAAGCCAGUCCAAGGUUUCCGGAGAGUCUUACCAGAAAUACUGCCAUUGAAAUAGCUGUCAAUGUGAAGGCACUACAUAAUGAAACUGAAUCUCUACUAGUAGGAAGGGUUCCUUUGCAACUGGAUCCCCCCCAUGAAGAGCUGCUGUCUGAUGCAUUACACAGUGUGGAGACUGAACUGAGAAAACUUGCUGAGAUUCCAUGGCUUUAUUAUGUUUUCCAACCAAAUGAUGAUGAGGAUCCCCCUCUGGAUUAUUCUAAGAGAAACAACAGAAGUACAGUAUUUCGCAUAGUGCCAAAGUUUAAAAAGGAAAAAGUCCAAAAGCAUAAGAGCAGCCCUCAGCCUGUUCAAAAAUGGGGCACAGAUGAAGUUGCUGCUUGGCUGGAUCUGCUCAGUUUGGGAGAGUACAAAGAAAUCUUCAUCAGCCAUGACAUCCGAGGCUCUGAGCUUUUGCACCUGGAAAGGCGAGAUCUUAAGGACCUGGGGAUAACGAAAGUGGGUCAUAUGAAGCGAAUUCUCCAGGGAAUUAAAGAGCUUGGCAAGAACACUCCCUUGUCUGACGUGUAACAAUACUGGUGCUAUCCUUGGAAGGAGAGAGAAUUGCUAGUUAGCAAAGUGGAGGCACUUUGCUGUCUUUGUAGUUUACUAUAUGGUUGAAUAAGCACUGGUGUACUAUGCAGGUUAAUAUAUCUGCAUUCUUGUGUGGUGAAGAGCUUGACCUGAGAAUCUGAACGGUUUUGUGCCAAAAAAAAAGUGGGGGGGGGUUAUAUGUGCUGUGAAGACCUCUUCUUAGUGUGCAAACGUGGCAAGUUCAAGUAAGCACAUUUUGGUAAAGAGGUUGGUAUAUAGUGAACUGAAUUGCCUGGAAAAUGUAAUUAAGUAAUGAUUGCUUUCCUUACAUAUGGCCCAGUACAGCUCUCUUACAAUGCAGCAACGUAUCAAUGUAGAGCCUGAGUUUGCCUGGUUAACUUUCUGAGGCAUAGCUUCCCUAAAACAUUUUGUACAGAAGACUGAGAGAUGGAACGUUCCUGGUUUUGCUUGCAAGACUGACAUUGCCUCAGGU